GCUUUGCGCGUUUACAGCGACCACACUCCUCGCUCUCAGUACCGAAUGCGAGAGCCGAGACCGUUGUCCCGUGAACGCAUUUCGUCGCUACCGCACUCAAUAUCAUCUACCCAUCACCCCGUCCCCCCGUCAGCCGUCAUGAGCGCUACUCGUUCGACGACGACGCGGCCUCUGUUGUUGUUUUGAAUCGAAGCUUUUUUUCUUUUUUUUUUCCCCCGUCCACUGCUGUUUUCCCGACUAACAUGUCGAGUACUAGACGCGUGUCCGCCGUUGUGCAGUGCGAGCAGUGAUCAGAUUUACGUGUGUGCGAUCCGUCCGCGUUGAAAUAUACAUUUUUGUUUGCGAGUGCACUCGUUUUCAGUCACCGCCGCAGCCGCCAUUGACGUUUAAGCACGGGCGCGUACACUUCGCGUUCAGACAGUGGACAAAUUAAACACUCUCAAGGUAUAUACACGACGACACGAAAAUAUGACUCCAUCUCCAAAUCAUAAGGCUACCACACAUAAUUUAGGAAAUAUUUCAAAACAUGUAAAAAGUGACAUUCAUGUGACCAAUGGUCAUACAAUCAAUUUAAAUUCAUGCUCUCCAAUUCCUCCUCUUCCAACUACUAGCCAUCCUCAGCGAUUAACUAUGACUUCUGGAUCGCCUACUUGGGAUUUAACAAGAUAUGAAAAUCGUUUAAGAACUUUUUUUUUUAAUAAUGGAUGGAAGUUACAAUUUAUCACCCCUGAAGCAAUGGCUGAAGCUGGAUUAUAUUACUUGGGUAAACAGGACCGUGUGAGAUGCAUGUUUUGUUCAAAAGAAUUUGAUUAUUGGCAACGUGGUGAUGACCCACUUGUCGAACAUAAACGAAAAUCUCCACAAUGUCCAUUUUUCAGUCAAAGUUCAGGUUAUGAUGUUUGUGGUCCUUUUGGUAGUCCUAUUAUUGAAAGUUAUCGAAGUUUAAGCAUUCAGAAGGUACAAGAUCUUUUAAACGCUGUUGGUAUUGUUCAGCAGAUUACAACCCCUAAACAUAAAGAAUUUACUUCUUUUGAAACACGUUUAAAAACAUUUGAUAAAUGCCAAAAAAAAAUGAAACAAGAUACUCAUUCACUCUGUGAAGCUGGAUUUUUUUAUAUUGGUGAUGGUCAAAAUGAUCAGAUGCUGUGUUUCUGUUGUAGUCAAGGUCUAAAGGACUGGGAAGAUAAUGAUGAACCAUGGACAGAACAUGCACGGUGGUCACCAACUUGUAGUUAUGUAUUAUUAUGUAAAGGCAAAACAUUUGUAGAAGAAGCAUGUGGAGCUUUAAAAAUUGAAAAUUUUAAUCAUGAGGUUUUACCUAAGUUGAUUGCAGAUUAUAAAAUGGAUUCCUGUUAUCCGGAAGAAAUAAAACUCACAUUAACAAAAGCCUAUCUAUCAGAUAAGAAAUAUAACAACCAAGGAACAACAGCUGAAAUAAAUUUGCGUCAUAAUCAUGAACAGCAACAACAGCAACAACAUCAACCAGUAGAUCCAUGUACAAUUCCAGAUUGUUUACUUUGCAAGAUUUGUUACAAAGAUGAAAUGAAAGUGGCUUUUAUUCCUUGCGGUCACGUAAUUGCCUGCAUACAGUGUUCUAUGACUCUAGAUCAUUGUGCGGUAUGUCGACAGCAAUUUAGUAUGGCUAUGAGAGUAUUUAUACACAAGACUGAAGAGACAGCAAUUGAUUUACCAUGCAGUUCAUCACAGUGUUCUGAUGAACCAAAAGACCAAAUGCUUUGCAAUGUUUGUCACAAAGAAGAAAUGGAAACUGCAUUUAUACCUUGCAGACAUGUGUAUGCAUGUGUUAAAUGUGCAACUGACAUGCAAGAGUGCCCUAUGUGCACAGAAUCUGUGUGUGCUUUUGUGCAAGUGUAUCUAUAGGGUCAAUAAAAAUAAAUAUAUAAAAAAUACGGUAUAAGUA